AUUCAUAGAGAAUGUAAACAAAAUAUUUAUUAAAGCGCAUUUUACCUAUUAAACAGCUUUGAAAUAUAUCUCAUUAGAACUAUUUUCUGUCUGCGUAACCGCAUCACUCACCCGGUGCCUCACUUCCUCUUUGCGAUCUGACAUUCAUUUUCAAGAAUAUUAUUUUACGUUUACAUUUCAAGUAUAGAUAGGCAACAUGAGUUGGUCUUCAUAUAUUGACAACCUUAUCGCAUCCGGGCACGUAGAAAAGGCAGCUAUCCACGGUCACGACGGUAAUGUUUGGGCCACAUCACCCGAUUUUACGUGUAGUCAAGCAGAGGUAGCAACAUUAAAUGGAGCAGUAUCGAAUCCUGAGACUCUUCGAACAACUGGGAUUCACCUGAAUGGAAAGAAAUACAUGUUUAUAAAAGCAGAUGAUAAUGUCCUCAUUGGAAAACAAGGAAAUACUGGGUGUUCUGUAGCCAAAUGUAAACAAUGUAUUGUCAUAGCAGUAUACAAUGAUAAAAUGCAACCAGGCGCUUGCAACACUGCAACCACUAAAAUAGCAGAUUACUUAAUUUCAAGCAACUAUUAGCAAAUCAAGGUCAUGCUCAAUGAGGAGAGAACAUUUUAGAGACAUCAACUACUUACAUCAUUCAUGUUCAGGGCUCUAAAGAAGAAUUGUAGUGGCCCAAAACCUGUAUAUUGAUGAUAUCUGAAUAUCGAGAUCAGCAUUAUUAUAUGAUUUAAAGUGUUGUACAUAUUUAAUGUACUGAAUCAAUGCUAUACAUGUUCACAGUCUGUGUGGAUUGAAACUGGGCCCUGAACAUGAUUACUAAGUGGAAAAUGUGAUACAAUUAAUGGAGAUAAAACACCGAGAGUUAUAGCAAGAGAAAUCCAAUUAAAGAACACGAAAGGAAAAUUGGUUCGCUGGAAAAUUGGAAGACAAGUCAUCAACAAAAAUGAGACAUUUGGACAAAUAGAUGAAGAAAACCAAAACUCACCCCUGUGAAGUCAUUCUGUUUUUUACCAGAAAAUUUAGUAAAUGCUGAUCAUAAACGGUUGCAUACCUUCUAUACAAUUCGUUUCACCAAUGUAAACUGUUUCCUAGCAUCACUUGUGUAACUUUAACAUAGAAUGGCUUCAUUGGUGUGAAUACAAUAAGUAACUGAUAUUAUCAUUUACAAGUCCAAUCCAUAAGUCACAUCAUAAACAAGUCCAAUC